AUGGCCGCUACGGCUCGGUUCCGUCCAGCGGGAUGGCUGCGUAAAUCCGGUUAUGCCCCUCAGGUGUUUCUGUUCAGAAACCUCGAGUCUGGUCAAGUCAUCUACUCACAAGUGCCCGUCUUUUCACAGGCUCAAAUCGAUAAACUGUUCAAGAGACCAAAUUGGGAGAAUAAGAAACCUCUACCAAGACGUGAUAUUUGGAGAUGCAUGGCAGUUGUGGACGUCCCAACUUAUGAGACAGGCGUCACCUUGUACCAAAACCUUUGCCGAUUGCGAUACCUUCGUGACGUUAGCCAAAAAAAGACUGCAGAAGCAUUUCGCAAAAGAGACGAGUAUGGUCACGUUUGGUAUUCGGGGCAGUACCGCCCCACGUACGCCCAAGAGGCCGUUGCAGACCUGCGCGAAUCGCUUCGCGCUCUUGGCAUACCCGGCGCGCUAAGGGCUCAAAUACAUUGGGAAGACAAUUGGCGUAUGGGCGAUUUGGAUAAACACUGGACUCCCGUGCUGCCCAACGUGACCCACAACGUAAUUACCAAGUUAGGGAACUCUGUCCGCGAGGAAUCCCUCGUUCUCAGGGAGCUAGGAGAACGGGCUAAACAAGAAUUUGCCAAGUUGCGUGAAGCCAAACAAGAGUCUGACGGCGUCGAAACUUUGGCUUGA